UAUGUAGCAGAAUGAGCAAUAAACGCAAGCUAGUUAUUAAUGGCCGUUUUUGAUUUCAGACAAACAAAUCAUUGAGCUUCUGUGGAAGUGCAGAGCACCGGCGUCGUACAGUUUCAAAAUCAACGGUUGGAGUACGGUCCCAAGCAUCCCCAUUUUACAUGCCGCUCCUUCUAAAUCGAAUUUGAUUCUAUUCAAUUUUGUUUGCAAUUGCAGCAGUUUUUGGUUAUGGGUAGCUUUCAUUUGAACGAUUCGAUUAUGGGUUUCUGUUUUCUCUUCUUCUCACUCUCUGGUCACUGGUCAGUCAAAACUGUCCUUCUCUGCCAUGCCUCUUUCUUCUUAAAGCAGCAUCAGAUUUCUGUUUUCGAAAACUGACUCUGAUUUUUCCCUUUCCAAAUCAAAUGUUAGUUGCCCUUCAAAUCUCCUCCUGUACUUCAAGGAGAACCCGUCGAAAGCCGUCGUUCAGAGCCAGAGACAAUAAUGAGAAGCUUCGAGCGAGCUCUGCAGUGUCUUAGGGCUCUGGUGGAGACCAAAGUGUGGGAUUAUUGCAUUGUCUGGAAAUCGAGGGAUGAUUCUUCCAGGUUCAUUGAUUGGGUGGGUUGCUGCUGUAGCGGUGGAAACGCCGGCGCCGGCGCCGGGAAAGAGGAAGCCGGAGAGCCGAAUCCGGCUGCUACCCUUUGCAAGGAUUCUCAAUUCCAACAUUUUAGGAGUACAAACGCUUGCCAAGCACUUGCUCAGUUCCCUUCUUCGAUACGAUUGAAUUCAGGGAUUCAUGGAGAUGUUUUGAUUUCGAACCAACCCAUGUGGGUUACAAGUGCUGAAGUUUCUUCUACUUCAAGCUUUUCACUUGAGUUGACUGGAACCCGAGUUCUAAUUCCGAUUUCUGCUGGGAUUGUGGAGCUUUUUGCUACAAAACAUAUUCCGAGAGAGGGAGAGGUUAUAGACUUUGUAGUGGCUCUCUGUAAUUUCUCUCUGGAGCAAGAAGUUGAUACAGAGAGUGAAUUAGAUGGUGGCCUCAAGGAGCAAAGUCUUCAGUCAUCUCCCAAGUACUACUCAGUAAACUGGCCAGAUUCUCAGCCCUUUGUAGAUUUCAAAUCCAAGCUUGAAAUUCUUCCCUCUGUAUCCCAGUCCAGCUCUUUUCCUAGCUGUGAAGGAUCAUCCAGUGCCUCAAAGCCUUCCAAUGAGCACCAAUACCUUGAUUCCUAUUCGAGUUUGGUUUCGCGUGAGUUCUUAAAUCAACCAAUUCGCAGGUCUUUCGGGUCGAAAAAGCCAAUGCCCCAAGAAGACUUGCUGAAACAGCAAAGAGAUGAGGUUUCGGGAUAUUCGAAGAUCUUGGAGAAAGAUGAAGCAAAAAUUGGAGGGAGACAAGGAAAGGAAAUUUACAAAUCCAAGAACCUCAUCACAGAGAGAAAGAGAAGAAACAAGAUCAGGGAUCGUCUCUACGCUCUACGUGCAUUGGUUCCCAAUAUAUCCAAGAUGGAUAGAGCAUCAAUCAUUGUGGAUGCUAUUAACUACAUUAGGGAGUUGGAAGAGAAUGCGAAAAGCCUCCAGAAUGAACUCAUUCAACUGGAGCAUAAGGACUCUCAAAAGAACAAACAACAUUUAAAGAUUUCACCAUUAGAGAGGAAAAACGAUGACACGACAUGUCGGUCUCUGGUUCAGCACGAUCGGCCGACGCUURUCCUUGGUGAGGAGAAGCCUUCGGAGGUAGGAUAUCAGGUGGAAGUGGAAGUGAUGCAGAUUAAUGAAAGAGAUUUCAUCAUCAAGCUAUUCUGCGUGAGGAAACAAGGCGGCGUUGUGAGGUCGAUCGAGGCUAUGGAUUCACUGGGCUUGCAGGUUGUUGAUGUCAAUAUUACCACCUUUGGGAGUAUGGUCCUGAACAUUUUCCAUGUUGAGGCGAAUGAAAAUGACAUUCAGCCAAAGAGAUUGAGAGACUCACUGAUCAAGCUAACAAGCAGAGAAAUCAGACGAAUAAAAUAGGCUGCACAAAGGGAAAGUUUUUAUAAGCUCAACUUGAUGUUAACAUCUUAGAAAGGGAGACUUGUUAUUUCAUCAAAAUGAGCUAUGGUAAAUAACUUCUUUUAUC